ACAUGUUUGAGGAUUUUUUGUCGCUUGAUCGAGCCAAACGACAGGUUUGAUAACUUCAUGUGCUAAGUUUGACAAUUAUUAAGUUGAGAAAAAUACUGUGAUUAGUUGAGAAAUAUUGACUGUUACAACAUAACUAAAACAAGAUAGAAUUGUAAAUUGUUCAAUUCAUUUGGGACUCUUGAAUGUAUUAAAAAAAAAUACUUUAUACACAUUAAGAAGGCACUAUUUUUUUUCAAGCUAUCCUACAUUGAUUGUUCUGACAGAGCCCAACAAACAUACCAGAUCCUGGCAGACUUGGACUGCCACCAGGAUACCAAGUUGCCCAUUUCACUGAUGGUAUGCCUAAAAAUAUUACCCUAGGAAAUCAUGUAGAGUAUGGUGGCAUACCUAACCCACCCCUCGAACCAAGCACUGAAUACGAGGUGAAUGUUUGUUACGAUUGCAACUACCAUUUUAGUUCAUACUUUGACUCCAAGAUAAUAAUGAAUUUGGUCAUUAGCUAGGGUUAGGGUUAGAUCCUACUUUGACUCUAAGAUAAUAAUGAAUGCGGUCAUUAAUGGGAGUUAGCUUUUUUAAAUAUUUCAUGCUUUUUAAUUUCUGUUCAUUUAAGUUCAUCAUUUUCUAAGGACAUAACUGAGUAUUCAAUGUGUUCACAAUAUAUUUUAUAUUCACUUGAUAUUUAAAGAUAUUUCCUUCUCAAAAUUAGCUUUUCAGGGAUACGUGCAAAAUUAUUACAGUGUUACUGUUACAAAACAAAUGUAUUACAGUGUUACUGUUACAAAACAACAGUUAAGUUCUUUAAGCUGCAGUUUUAUAUAAACAAUUUCUUCUUUUCCCCAUUUGUCACUAUGUGGAUAUUAGAAGUUAGUUUUCCAAUCUGGAUAGAGUUCCAUACAUAACUGAAAGUUUAUUCAAUCAAAAAAUCUCAGCACAACAUCUCUAUUUGCAAUUUUUUUUAAAAAAUAGUCCAGUGUUCCUAAAAUUAAACAUUUAAACUUUUAUGUUGAAAAUCUUCUUUAGGUUGUGUUGUCUGUUUUAAGUUCAGUAGCCGAUGUCACAAAACAUUCUUGGAUCUCAAUAAAUGUCACUACCGCUGCCCGAGUUCACAAAAUCUUCUCUCCUAUUUUCGUUAUUCUAUCUGGUGCAUUCAUGGCCACAUGUUUGUUUAUUUGUCUGCUGGGCUGCUUUGUCUUGUGGUGUUCCAAAAGCAAGCGCAAAUUGCCAUUUGAUGAUGAUCAGUUUGAUGACUUGAGGUAAGCUGGACCUCUGACGUGUUUACUUUGGUUUCAAUUCUAGUAUUGGUUGGAUUAGUUGCUUUGUUGUGAAAUAAGGUUUGGUUUCUUUAUUUGUUUGAUUUCACUCUCUUAUCUGCUUUGAUUAUGCAAUUUUUGUGUGGUUAAUGUGGAUACUAUGCCGAGCUACAUUAUUUUAUUUGAUUAGUGUUGUUUUUUUUACUUUUUCAAGCAGUGAUUAUUUCAUCAUUUGGCUAAGGUUAGGGUUAUCAAACAGUGAUUAUCUAUCUGGUUUGGUUGGGUUAGGGUAGAGGUUAUUAAGCGGGAUUUUUUAACCGUUUGGGUUUGGGUUGGGGUUGGGGUUAUCAGACAAAGAUUAUUCAACUGGUUAGAGUUAGGAUAAGGGUUAUCGAGCAAUGAUUAUUUAACUGGUUACUGUUAUCAAGCAGUGAUUGUUUAAACGGUUGGGGUUUUGGUUAAGGUUAUGGUUAUCAAGGAGUGAUUAUAUAACUAAUAUAACGAAAAUACCUAACUUAAUGAAAAGAUAUUACAUUUUACCAAAAUUUAAUUGAAUUGAAUGUUAUUCUGGUUUAUAACACCACCACAUAUCGUAUGACUCAAAGACUUUGAAACACUUCUAAAUGAGCCAUCUAUUUAUAAAAUAUAUUCUACUGUUUUCCUAGACUUCAACUUCCAAAAGACUUCCUAACGAAAUCACCAUCCAACAUGCAAGGAGAUGCUGGGCUCAUCUAUCGAGGCGCACAGCCAUCAGCCUACUCAAGUAACAUGUAUCAAAUGCAGCCCCCUCCACCUCCCCCACCACAGUAUCCAAUGUUUCCAUACCCCAUGUACCAGCCAUCACCACCACCAUUUCUUAUUCCACCUUUCCUGCCACAAAAUAACGAACUACCUACCAAGACUGAACACAAAGUGAAUACUGUGGAGAAACAGGACGGGCCAAAGCCAGAAGAAG